GUUGCACUGUGGUCCGAAUCCAACAACGCCGGGUCCGUCUUCCUAUCGGCACGAUCUUCGGUGAGGACGCUCCGGUUGAGGAGUCAGUCAUUAUCGCGAGUGUCCCCGUGAGCAUGGAUCAAGCCCCGAACGGUCGCCGUGAGCCGUCACCGUCGCGUUUUUUACCGUGACUCUUCCGGGACCGAGCGCGUUAAUUGGUGUUUAUGCUGGCCAAAGCAAACGGACCACCGCAACAAAACCCCCGCACCGGAUCGAUGUAGUUUCUAGCGGAACGCUUUGCUCUUCCUCCAGUGCGCUUCAGUCGUCAUACGGUGCAGUGAUAGUGAUUAGUAGUGGAUCGUGAGUCGGGUCGCGGCCCGCACGGAAAAAUGGAACCCUCGGCCAUCUCGUUGGUGGCGCUGCUCACGGUAACGGUCGGGCCCGGGACGUGGAGCUAUCGAAUCCAUCACCUGGAGCCGGAACCGCGCCACCAUCUGCAGCAGGACCUGAUGGAUUUCAUCGAUCUCGUGCCGUUCGAUGACGUGCAGCAGUUGAUGCAGUAUUACUACCACUACGACGCCGAGGUGGAGAACGCCAUCGACUACGUCUCGACCGAAGACUACACCCAGAUCCGGCUGGACAUCGUGAACCUCAGCGAGGUGCGCAGCUUCCGUCGGUAUCUGGACAGUAUCGGGUUCAGCGUGGAGAAGAUGUGGGCCGAGCUGAACCAGCGCUUCGACGCGGACGACAUCUUCGUCGAACCGGACGAAUCGCUCCGAACGUUAAAUCUCACCACCAGGGGAUUGAACGGAUUAGUCGAUGACAUAUUGGCACUGCUGCCCCAGGACGAAAUAAUCCUGCUUUUCUUCGACAAGCUCGAAACGAGCGACGACUUCUCCCACUUUUUCGAGCAGAUCGGGAGCGGCGAGUUCGAGAACGUGCUCAACACGCUGCAGUCUUCACAGCAGCUGCGGAUACUACUCUGGCGACUGCAGCAGCACGGAUUCGACAUUCCCGGCUGGGUGCAGCUGGUGCAGAAGUAUUUCAGUUUCAGUAGCUUCUGAAGCACGACAACAACAACAACACGCCCAAACUGCCUAAAUUAUGACCGUCGAUUUAAGUGCGAGUUAAUAGAGAGUUAAUAAAAAUCGAAAUAAUAAUUAGCGACAGUGAAAGAAAAUUACCACUAAACUGGGCAGCUUGGGCCUCACCCGGAUACGUAUCGUUUCAAGGCUACUGUGAAUGUGAGGCCCAUGGCUACCAGAUGUAGAUGGCCUGGAAUUGUUCCAUCAUCCUUCAUUUAUUGUAAUCCACUAAUGUUCACACUCUUAGCCUUAGCCAAAUCAAUUGCCCCGACAUCAUGCUGGGCCAUUAUUGCGCGCCUAACAACCCGGCCUCAGGAAGCCAUUAGAGUUGAAGGAAGCAAGAAAAAGGCAGCAUUCAAUUCCGUCGUUACCGGGAUCGUGGCCCAAGCGGAGGGCCAUUAUUUUCGCUUCGCUACCCGCCAUUAUUCAGUUCCGUUGGCGUUGGUUGGAGUUGAUCAAAAGCGCGUGCGACAUAUGACGGCAUGGUGUUUGCGUGACGCAGCCGACCCCCGGGUUUAAACUGUUUACUUCCUACAAACACGCCAGACGCAACCAGCCAGCUGCGCCGGGCCAGGGCAAGAAGCAUGAAAAAGAAACAACAACUCACGCCUCACGGGAGAGUAAACAUCGAAACCCGGCCCAGCGGUGGCC